AUGAGAUUGUACAUUUGGCUGUGUCUGCUGUUAUUCAACUGGACAUCGGUGGUGCUUAGCAAAGUCUACAAGUUCCAAAUCAAUACAAAAACGGUACCAAAUAAACGCCAAUGGACGCGAUCGACCCAUGAUGAUCUCGGCGGUUGGUUGGUCCGUAUUGUCAAUGGCAAUGGACACUUUGCCUGUUGUGGGGCAUAUAUUUCACCGCUUUUGGUAGUCACAUCAGCCAAUUGCAUUGAGCCGUAUCGGAAUAAUCUAGCUGAUGCAUCAGCUGAAGGGAUUGCCAUGCUGGAUGGUGAAGAUAAUUUCUCAUUUAUUGAAACGGUUUACAUUCCCGACCAAUUCAAAGUGACGAAGAAUUUAAUGGACAUCGCUGUGAUCAGACUGAGACGUCCCAUCAAAGGCAAAAUGACCGAGUUUAUAAAGCUAUGCGAACAGGAGAUUAACGAUUCCAUGAUGAUGACAUCAUUUGGUUGGGGCUACAGCAGUUUCUCGAUACAAGAUCCCUCAUUGGAUCCCAGAAAUUCCACUGUGCCCGUUCAGAACAUUGACAUGUGUAAACAGAAAUUUGCGAAAUAUCGUCGAGUGACAAUCUCCAAGAGUGUGUUUUGUGUAACACAUCCCACCGAUCGUAGACAGUGUCUCUAUGAUCCUGGCUGUCCAUUAGUUUGGAAUAAUCAACUCUGUGGCAUUGUGUCUAUCGACUCAACUUGUGUGGAUCCCAGUAAGCCGGGCGUUUAUACCAAUAUCAAUCAUGUUAGGCAAUUUAUCGAUAAGAUUGAUGAAGAAGUGAGAGCUUCGGCGGGCUGA